AUGGAAAUUCCAGCUCGAAUCGUUACAUUGCUGGACGAGAAGUCUUACAUACGCUACAAACCUGUUAAUUGGAAUUAUCAAGAUAAUGGCUCAAAAUUGAUUUUACCCAUACGUUUCCGUACUCGAUCAAUUGCUGGACGCUUGAUAACAUUAUCAGCAGAAAGUAGUCAAAACUCUACAAUAUUCGCUGUUUCUGCAUAUAUCGAUAAUGCUGCUGUUGCGCUCGAUCUGAUGGAUGGUGAAGGAAGAUUAGUAACGAAAACUAAGAAGCAACUACUUGGUGCAAAUAAUGGCGCAGAGCAUUCUAUGUCAAUUCAAGUAGAUAUACAAAGUAGAAUGCUAAAAAUGGUUUAUAGUGGAGGAACGGUAGAUUUGUAUGAUUUUCCAAGUAGCAUAAAUGUAGAAGAUAAUAUGCAAAUUAUACUAAACACUGGAAAGAGUGGUAAUCAUUUUAAUUUGUUCAAUUUAGGUGGACAAAAUUCUAUAAUUGGUUGUGUUUCCAUUAUUGGUUUAACAAUUGGAGAUCGUUUUGUAUUUGAACUCGAAGAAAGUGAACGAAGUGACACAAUCAAAGAUGGUUGUGAUCCACUUUGUUCAGCAAAUCAGUGCAAUAUGGGUACGUGUGUUGAUCUGUUCCAAAUGGCUGUAUGUGAUUGUCGUGGUACUUACAAAUCUGGGAGAAACUGUACUGAAGACAUAAAGACAUUGCAUGUUUCUUGGGACCAAUAUAUUUCUUACAAAAUCAGUGAUAAUCGGUCUCAGCCAUCAAUUAUAUCAAUCGAUUUUAAGACGGAAGUCAGUGAAGGCUUGAUUUUGCAUGGGACGGUCCAGUCACUUGAAAAUAAUAUAUCACUGGGUAAAUUGAAGUUAGCACUUAUUUAUGGUCAGUUACGUUUAACGAUUGCUAACUUGGCUGAAAUCAAUUUUGACAACAUAGAAAUAAACAAAGACAGAUUGGGUGAUGAAUUGUUUUUCUGCGGUGGAGAUGUUGAGGUUGGCUUAUCAGGAUGCCUACGAGAGAUUUAUGUUGAUUAUUUUGAUGUGAUUCAGGGAUAUUCGGAGAAUUCAGAUGAGGUGGGUUCAAGUCAAGCAUUGGAUCAGUGCGAUGAAUCUGAUUCUUUUUCCGUGACAUCUUUUGACCUUGCAGUUGGUCAGGAAUUGAUGUCAGAUGAGAAAAACUUUGAACAGAUUUCUACAGAAGCACCAGCGAGACGGUUGUGUGAAAAUUUUGAAGCUACAAGUUGCGAAAAUUUCGUGGAAUGUGUGAAAGAGAAUGAUGUACCAAUCUGUGUGUGUCGCAAAGGUUUUACUGGACAAUACUGCCAGUUUUCUCUUUUACCACGGCAUUGUGACGAAGUAUACCGUCAAGGUAACACGAUGCCCGGAACAUACGUAAUUGAUCCAGAUAGCUCUGGUUUAUUACCAGAAACAUAUGCAUAUUGUGAAAAUGGAAAAACUAUCAUAUCACACAAUAUGCCCAAUGAUACUUUGAUUCGCAGCAGUAGUUUGGGUGAUAUUCAUAUGAUAAUUAAUUAUAAAUUCAAUGUAAUGAAAACUUGGUUUUCAUCACUUUCACAUGAGUCUUAUUUUGGAUUCGGAAGUCAAAAUGGUACUUGCCUGUGCAAAGAUGGAAAGUGCGCAAAAUGCAAUUGUGAUAAAGGAGGUAUCGCCAUCGAUUAUGGUGUAUUGACAGGUUUUCAAGUCCCAGUUCAAAAUGUGUAUGCCCUAAAUGACCCUUCUGAUAACAAAGGAUAUCUCACUCUCGGUCCACUUGUGUGUUCAGGAAAUGUUGGCUAUUCAGCGCAGCACACAUUAGUUAUUCGAGAUCAGUUUAGUCCAGUUGAAAUUGGCUCAUGGAGAGGUGACAGAAUAAGCUUUGAAUUCCGGACCUUUUUAGAAAAUGCUUGCUUACUUUCAUCUGAUAAUGGAAAGAUAGUCAUAACAAUGACUGAACGGACAUUUCAUUUGUUUUUCGACAACGGGUUCAGCUUGGAUCUGUUUCCGCAAUCAAGAAAAAAUGAUGGACAUUGGCAUCGUGUUGUUGUGAAUAUCCUUGGGGGUUCGAUUUUAUUUUCAGUAGAUGAUACCGUCGUAACGACAACAUUUGCACAAAAUUCAUUCGGUAUAAUUCGAUUGAGGAUUGGUGGGCUUGAAAUGGUCUUUUCAUUUUCAAUCCAUUUUUUGAUUGUUAGCGAUCGUGAUGGCUUCUUGGGUUGCGUCCGACAAAUACUUCUGAAUGACAUUCUGCAAGAGGUGAAUCAGAAGUUACAAGGUAAUUGUUUCAAUCGAUGUGAAUCACAUAACUGCCAACACGAAAGUCAGUGCGAAGAAGAUUUCACCUCAGAUACAAUACGAUGUGUCUGUAAAAAUUCCAUCAUCUAUUCCGGAGAUUUAUGCCAAUUCAAUGCUAACUUCGGAACUGAGCUGAGUUUUCGCCAUGCCAACCAAGCAUUUCUGAAGGCACAAAAUUUGGCUGUUGAAGAUGCAUUAAUGCAACGGAUAAUAUUCAGUUUCCGUACAGAUCAACGUGAUGCUCUGCUCUUUUAUCUUCAUGAUCAAUUCUAUAAUUUUAUACAAGUACACUUACUUGAUUACUCUCGUGUGAUCCUAACACUCAAUUUCAAUCAGACUAUAAGAAGAUGUGAGGUCAUGGCUAAAGUAGGAUACGAAUUUAGUAGAAUGAAAUGGAUACAAGUAAUGAUCUUUCAAAUGUCUCAUGUAAUUGAGUUCAACGUUGACGAAGUGAUUUGUCAAAUUAUCGGUCAGCGGACUCUCUCUAACGAAUUUAUCAGAAAGUUUGAACUUGCUCGUGAUGUUGAUGAUCUCGUUCAACCGCCUGUUUCUCCCGUAACCGAACAAGAAACUGAGUACAGUCAUCCAUACGUUUUACUCUUUAUUGCUGGAAUUCCAAAUGAAAACCAUCUCGGCACAAUGGAUCCCAUUUAUCAGUCCAGUAUCCCCAAUUUACUCGGUUGUAUGCGAGGUUUAAUGCUUGGAGAAGUGCUAAUUGAUAUGCGUAACAAAAGUUACUGGUCAUAUUAUCCUAGUGAUUCAGAUAUGAUCAAGUUUGAUUGCAAAAUGGGAUGUGGUACCAUCGAACAUAUGUGCAAAAAUGGCGGUCACUGUGCUGUAAAGUGGACAUCAAAAAAUGCUAGUGAUCAGGUCAUGUGUAAUUGUGAUCGAACAUCAUAUUUUGGCGAAUACUGUGAUCAAGCACUACUGAUUUCUAUGCUAGAUUAUGGAGCUCAUUUCGAAGGAAGUUCAAUAUUGGUCAUGAAUACGGCUGAGAUAUUUGAAAAAGUGAUUUUUGAUUGGAAUCAGUUCGGUGAACAAAAAUUCAGUUUUGCUUUUUCUGCAAAAAGUUCAGAUAAAUCUGACAAGCAAUCAAAACCGCAAACAAUUGCUGCAAUCAUUUUUAAGCACCAAAUAAAUGGUUCUAUUGAUUCAGUCAACUUCGAUUUUCCUUCUGAUCUCACUGAAUUUUCAUUUGCACAUAUUUCUAAAUUUUUCUUUGGAGGAACAAAUGUUAUAAAUGCUAAUGACUAUGAUAAGUUAUCAGCAAGAUACAACUAUACUGGUUGCAUAUCAAACAUUGAAAUUGAUACGAGUAUUGCACGAAUGCACUUCAGUCCCAUUCUGUAUCUCAGGAAGCCCGAAAUGGAAUUUGCUCAGUCGACCAAAGUUAUUGGCGAUGAGUUGCAACUAGGUGUAUGUAGUUCGUUUCUGAUUCCAGGAACUUUUCCAUCAAUAAUAAGCACAGUUACUCCACCACUUUGGGAUUCCCCAUUCGUCUCAGAACCAUACGAACGACCAAUUCCAGAAUGGAAAGUAGUACAUGAAGAAAUUGUAAAAGAAAGGGUGGAUGAUAGUGCUGGCGAUAUUAGUGAUUGCAUGUUGUACUGUAGCUAUUAUCAUAGCAAUUUGUCUACUGCAGAAAAAAAGCCAAAAAUCGAUGCCUGCCAAAAGUUCUUUGGCAAAUCAACAAGUCAAGAAACUAAGUCUUUGCUCAGUGAUAAAGAAAAAGAAAGGCGCGUCAUAAUUAAGAACGAUUUUGUUUUGCCGGAACCUGAUCAGUGCUUUGACUCUGGACUUGUAUCAUCAGAUGAUCUCAAUGUACACACACAAUGA